GAGGUCAUUGAGGUCACAUUUUGUCAACAUUUGCCAGUUAGUACAAAACCAAUUUUCUGGCACAUGUUCUGUCAACGAUGACAGUGACGAUUUGUUGAUGUGACAGUUGUGGAGUAAUCAAGUCAAUGAAUCGCUUCUCCCGUUAUUCUUUCUCUGUCGUCGGUGGACUUCUGCGUUGUCAUCAUGUGAAGUCAUCUCGGGAAUGCCAGUGUAGAGGUGUUGGGAGACGCAGCUACACCACACCCCUGACUGAUCCAGAAAACAAGGGUGCUCACUCAAGAGGGACAAACUUCGAUACUCUUGGAGCAUGGGAUAAUCGCCUCGACCUUCCACUUCAGCUUGAACAAAGCAUCAAGUUGGGGAGGCCAAUCCCAAGGAUUGCAUUUGAAAAUAUUGGAUAUGCGAGUGUCAUCGGACGACGAGAGUACCAAGAAGACAGGGUAAAGAUUGCCGAGAUUGGACCUGAUCUGUUGUACUGUGGCGUAUUUGAUGGACACGGAGGAUCGAUCGCCGCUGACUAUAUUAGUGACUUCCUCGAGGAUCACAUUGCAUUCUGGAUGAAAAAAGAAGAUGAUCUGCGGAAGGUUCUAAGAAAUUCCUUCAUCGAGGUCAACAAUGCCUUCUCUAGACAUCUUUACUUUAGGAAUUUAGACAAGAAGCGGCCGGACUUCAAUGGAGGUACAACAGCCACAGUGUGUCUCCUCAAGGACAGUGUAGAUCUGUUGGUUUGCCACGUGGGGGACAGCCGGGCAAUCCUGUGUCGAGGAGGCAAAGCUCAGCGAUUGACUAUUGAUCACGAACCGGAGUUACAAGGGGAAAAAACCCGGAUAGUUAACGCUGGAGGGCAUAUCACCUUCAAUAGCUUAGGCAUUGCUUCAGUGAAUGGACGUUUAGCAAUGACUAGGAGUAUAGGGGAUGUGGAGCUUAAAAGAUUCGGAGUGACAGCUGAGCCACAUGUCAAGGGGAUGGAGAUCAAACAUGGUGGUGAUGCAUUCAUGGUUCUUCUGACAGAUGGCAUCACGUACGUCAUGAACGAUCAAGAAAUCAUCGACAUUAUAUGUUCGUGUACAGACCCAAAGGAGGCAGCUAAUCUCAUCACAGAUCAGGCAUUACAGUUCGGUUCAGAGGACAAUAGCUCAGCAAUAGUAGUGCCGUUCGGUGCUUGGGGCAAAUACUCAAGUACUGCGUAUAAUGUGCCAUAUAGUUUUGGAAGAAAUAUUUUAGGUAAACGAUACCACUGAUACUACUGUGCAUUAAGCAUCAUACGGACUGACCGCAGUUAGCAUUCAGCUGUCAAGGCUGUCCUAGCAUUGUCUGCUUCACUUUAGGUGAAUGCUGGCGGCAGACUUGUAUGUGAUGGUGUGAUUGUCAGAGCUGUGUCUGCUUGGUUUUAAAGGAAAGCUGGUGGCAGUCAGGCAUAUGGGGCAUGUCACAAGAGACAUGAUAGAGCAGACAUGAACAUGUAGUUUGAUUCCCUUCGUCAUGGCAGUACAUGUAGAUUGGGUACACACUCUCCCCAGUUACAAACACAGAUCUUGGACCUUGCCACGGAUGAGUAGUGUGUGAUCCAGUUUCAUCUUGGCAUCUUUGAACUGGUAGGCCUAGUACUUCUAGAAAACUAGCUGUUAAUGAACUGUAUAAAUUAUUAGUAUAGUCUAAUAAUAACUAAGUACAGUAGUGAAUUUGUAAAAUUUGCAUUAACUAUUGUGUGGUGUUGCAAGGGUCACAGCUGAUAAUAAAUAUACGGUGGUUAUUUUA